AUGGCAACUGCGGGAGUCCAAUCGUCAAACUCCCCUCGCUUACCUAGUCCCCCGCCGCUCACAGAGGUCCAGAUCGGGUCUCCAUCAGUCGGCAACGAGUGCUCCGACCAGGAUGCAGAGCAAUCACUAAAUUACACCCCGGACAACCAUGACGAUGAAGCUAGUGCGACGCGAAGAGUUCGACCCGGGAGUAAAGCAAUUGAUAUGGCUGCUAGUCCGCCAUUGAUCCCUCUCGCGCAGCUUGACUCCCCAUUCCAACUCCAAGAACACCUGAAAGCUCUGCACAACCACUAUACACGGCCCGAAGGCUCCGAAACAGUCUUUCCGAUCCACCGCGACAUCGCGAUUCAGCUUGCGGAACCCCCCGAAGGUGUCGACCGGGCGCUUUGGCUCUAUGAGCUCUGCCGCUUCCUCACCAUGAAAGUAAACAAUCUUAUCGUUGCCUUCUUCGCCGAGAACCCUCCCUGUUCCGUUCAAACAUGCCCCGAAAUGCAAGCCUCGGAAUGGCAGUACCUAUGCGCCGUCCACGAUCCCCCGAAGACCUGCUGCGCUAUCGAUUACUGCUGUCACACGCUCGAUUGGGCCACGAACAUCCUUACUUCACCCAAACACUUCCCCAGCCGGCUGACGCUGGGUUCCGAAGCGAGUGGCGGUCCGCAGGCGAGCAUGAGACAUUUGAUCAAUAUCUUCCGUCGGGUGUAUCGAAUCUUCGCGCAUGCUUGGUAUAAGCACCGGGAAGUGUUUUGGCAGGUGGAGGGUAACGAGGGGCUCUAUAUUUUCUUCAAGACGGUCUGCGAUGUGUAUCACCUUAUGCCGGAGGAUAGUUACACGGUUCCCGCAGAGGCAGAGGGUGUCGAGCCGCCUGCGGAGACCCCUGCGGAGAAGCCCGCGGAGGGAUUACGAGUUACGAUAUUGCGGAAGGAGGAUGAGGGAGCUAAGGACGGUGACGCUGGCGCUACUGCACGACGUCAUAAGCAUUCUCCGUCUACGGGUUCGCGCGUCGCUACUAUCGCUGAGAGCGCCGAGGAUAAUGAGGAUUCUAAAGCCGGAUUGUUGGUGGUGAAGGAGGACGCUGUCCCAGAAGAUGAAACUGAAGAAGGCGAGGAGACUACUAUUGCGCUCGAGGCACCUCUAGGAGUGACGGAGCAGCCGAACGGCGAUAAUAUCGUUAUUCAGGAGCAGGAGGUCAAUGAGGAGCCUAAACCCGAGGAACCCAGGCUUGAAGAACCAGAGAGGACUCAGCCGGAAGAGGAGUCGCAUCCACAGUCGACAGAAGAGCAAGCGGAACCCAGCCAACCUGGGAAGCCGCAGACAGAGCCUGAAACGAGCAAACCGGAAGAAGAGGGCGAACCCGCCCCGGCCACAGAGGAAUCGUCCUCAGAGCCAGCGCCAGAGCCCACUCCGGAGGCCGCGCCGGAGCCAGCAGCAGAGCCGGAGUCCAAGCCGGAGACAAAACAAGAGACGAAGACAGAGGAAAAGAAAGAGCAACCAGCAGAACAAGACGAGGAAACCAAGUCCGAGACGGAGCCGGAACCGGAACCUGCUAAGGAGACUUAA